UCCGAACUCCAUUAGCCAUAUAAUAGUGUUACAUAUAUGAUACAAUUUUUUCAUGGAACAGAACUAACCUAAAAUAAUACUGUCACAUGUUGUCUCACUAUAAAUAAAAGGAAAAACAAGAUUACGUUUUGCCAUUUAUUGCGUGUACCAACAAUGGAAGAAUUAAUUAAUAAAAAUCAAGAAAAUACUUUAAGCCACUAUUUAAAUAACCUAAGAAUAUUAAAGCAAAAUGGCACUUUGGAUAUCGAUGAAAAUUGUACCCAGCACUCUUUGAAAUGGCGAAAUACUUUGGAAUAUUAUGUUUUAGAAACGUAUGUCGGACAUUACAGCGAAGAGUGUAGAUUAAAGACGCUGGCACUCUUGGUAGAGUCAAGAAAAAGUACAUUAGGAUUUACUUCCAAGGAACUUGAUAUGAUUUUAUUAUUUCUAAAAUACAAUCUUUGUGAGAAGAUGGAAUAUAUACCCUUUAUUAAAAAAGCCUUAAAACGAUUAAGGGAUAGCUUAGCUGUGAUGCGAAGACGAUGGACACAACAAGAAAAAAUGAGAAAUCAUCACAAAAAACAAAAUAUUACUUCUGAAGCAUGUGAAAAUGCUUUAUUUUAUCAAAUGUCUGAACAAAUUGAAUGUAAUAUAAAGGAUUAUACUACAUUUUUUAUAAAUCUACGUGAAAUUUGUGUGAACAAUCUGUAUCCAGAUGCAACAUACCAUCGUAGACGUUCCAGCUUACAGAUACUUUUGCUUAUGCAAGAAUUCCUUUACAAUGAAUUUAAAGAUAUUGAAUGGAGGAAGGAACAAGUAGAAACAAUAUUCCAAUGUUUACUACUAGACACGUACGAACCCAACAAAGAAAUGGCAUAUCAAUUGUUAAAAUAUGUGAAUCCAAUACUUUUAAACUUACAUUCAAAGUCACAAGUUCAACUAAUAAUUAAAGUUGCACUUGAAUUAGGCAACAGUAUACGACCUAUUGACAGUAUUACAGCUGCAUACAUGUUAAAAAUAUCUAUGCUAUCUCCUGUUAUAAAAAACGUUCUCUGUGACUAUUAUAAUAUAGAUGAUAAUGUUACAGAGGCAAUGAUAUUACAGCUAGUCUUGCUAUUGUACAGAAAAUUACAAGAGGCAUUAGCUUUAGCAAAACAGAACAUUGGAAUGGUAAUUGUUAAGUGUUCCCUGUAUGGAUACCUGUUUUGCAUAAGAAGUUUGCUUUCCGACUAUAACUUAAGGGAUGCGGGAAUGGACAAAUUAUGGCAAGAUACUGUGGCAAAUAUUAUUUUAUUAUGCUUCGAAUUAAAUCACACCGUUUCUGUAGUAAUAAAUAAUUCCUCGCCAGAAGGCCAUUUACCAAUGGACUUGGAAACAUUAAAUUUCGACAAUGAUACAUCAUUUCCCGGAAAAGAGAUUAUAACACCGCAGAUGGUGUUACUUUGUUCUUGGCGUACGGUCAAAGAAGUUAGUCACUUGUUCGGUUUAUUCGCCACCAAAGCGUCAAUACAAACGAAUGAAUUUAAGAAUGGACUGCUCACGGAGGAACAAUUUGAACAAAUAAUGAGACAUCUUGUCUCAUUAUUAUGCGAAACGAAGCACAGAGGUGCGUUUGAGCAAGUGUAUGUGGGUUUCCAUCAACUAUGUACGCGCUUAUGGCAAUUGGCAAAUAGAACUUUAAAUAUACUUCCUAUACGAUGCUUGCACGACACAUUAAUAGGCAUCACAGGAUUAAUGCCAGGAUAUUCCAAAUUAUGCGCGACAAGAAGAAGCGCGGGUGUUCCGUUUUUGAUACAGGCAGUACUGUCCUCGGCACUAAAGAACGGUGACUAUCCCAAGAAACAUUUCUUUCACUCAGUUAUGAAAAUCUUGUUACAAUUUACAAAGCUUGAAGAUACUGUUAAUUUAUGGCAAAAAAUAAAAUGCAUAAUGUACGAAAACUCAAUAUUUUCCUGCUAUAAGCAUUUAAUGGAGCCGAGAAUGGAGAACGAAUACUAUGAUCGGGAAGUUAAACCUGAUGUUACCGAGAUAAAGAUUCAUUCCAUGAAUAUCCUUAGAGCCUUAUUUAGACACUCUCAGCUUGGUGACAUAGUUAAGAAUUACAUCGCGGAUGGUUUAGUAGUGGCAUUUAAAAAUUACGAUGGUAGAACGUGGGCGGAACGUAACGCAGCCACGUUGUUAUUUAGUGCGCUUAUAGUUCGAAUAUUUGGUGUUCAAAGAACUAAGGAUCACAUUAAUCUGACGACGUGCAACACGAUGACAGGGAGAUUAUUUUUCGAAAGGUAUCCCAGUCUCCUGCCUUUUAUCCUGGAGGAAUUGCGAACUUUCAUAUCGACCAAUGAUACUAUGAUCAAGUCGAACGUGCAAGCUAUUUUGUUGUUACUGUCACGAUUAUACAUUAAUAAUUUCCAUGAAACUGAUAACGCUUGGAAGACAGAUGAAUUGCGUAAUUUGGUAUCACAAUGCGCUAAAAGUCCCGUACAUCAAACACGCGAGCUCGCAGCUAGAGCAUUGGUACCGUUAUUAACUGAAAGUACAGUCUAUGGUACUUUGACAAAUUUGCUUCAAUUGGUUUUACAAACAAUUCAAGAUGUUCGAGAUUUUCGAGCCUCGGCGAACCAAAUUCACGGCUACCUGCUGCAGAUACUUAAAAUCUUAUGGAAAUUCCCGUCCGACAAAGAACUACUUAAACCUUAUGAAGUCAUAGAUCUCUUAACUAUAUUGCAAUGUAUAUUAAAUUACUUGAAGAGAAGACCCGAUGGGUUCAAUCGUUUUCCGAUAGCUACCAUAUACGUCGAUAUCCUUCAUGAAUUAUAUAGAGCAGAGAAAGACAUAAUCGAUGAUUGCAAAAUGAAGGAUAUAUUGCAUACUCUUCAGCAGUGUUUAACAGAAAAGGAUUUAUCAAAGCCAGGGCAACCGUGGCCAGGCGAGCAGUUGUACAAAAUAUCCGUAAUCAGACUCAUGCUGUGCGUCGGAAAAUAUUCAAAUUUCUUGCAAAUAGUACAUAAUGGACAGAGUAAAAUGUUCGAGAUAUAUUCAAAACUCUUGAUCACGCCGGAAGCCGAAAUACAAAGCAUUGCUUGGAGCACCGUUUCCGAAGUCUUAACAAGAGAACAAGAAAGUAAACAAAGAAAUUUACUAGGCAAUUACGCUAUUCAUGUAGCUGUCGAUUUCACCAAAAAUUUAUACAAACAUAAUCCCGAUGUGCAAGACGCACUUUUCGAUUUCUUGUACAAUUGCCUAAUGAAUGCGGAUGAAUGGUUUAUCACUGAUGCUUUUUAUAAAAGACGUGAAAUUUGCAUCUUAGUGUUGCAGAAAAUACAUUCGCAUAACGCGAACAAUGUUUAUUUGCAACGUGUUAAUUAUUUACGGUUGCUUGGGAAAUGCAUGGCAACACUGAUUCACAAAUUAACGGAUAAAAAGCUCGAAAUGGAAUAUAAAGAGGAUAUCUACAGAAAAGUCUGCGACAGCAAUUGGAUUGGUUCGUUGUGCAAAGAUUUCAGAUUGUCGGUUUUUGAUAUACUCUAUGAUCUUUUUAAUGAAGGCGACAUUAAUGCCGAGCGAUGCCAACCCGUGUUGGAUUGGUGGACAAUGAUAUUACAAUUAUUAGUCGAUGAUAAUAUGGAUAUACGACGCGAAGCAUGCAAACUGAUCUGCAAUAUUGAACCAUCCAAUGAAUUGGAGUGUAUAGAGAAAAUGUUACCGGUAUUCUUUCGGAAAUUCAACGAUAUAAUUGCUGACAAGUGUCCCGAAAUAGCCAUCAGUGCUUUCUUUUGCUGGAGUGUGUCGUUAUUAGGAGAUACAGAUUACGAAAUGGAUGAAACUGAUGUCUUCAACAAAUGCAGAAAUUACGAUGUCUUUGAGCCCGUAAGAAUAUCAGAAAUGUGCUAUGAUUUGACAAAGUCAGUUGUACAACGGUAUUCUAUUGAUAGCACACUACCACUGGAUAUUGUGAAAUGGAUAAAUUACCGUUUAGAUGUUAAUUUUGCUACACUAUCCUUCAAAGAUAUUGUACGCAGUUACAUGAGCAACGUGCCGACAAUCGAAAAAGAAUUGGUUGAAAUUUUAGAUCCAACAUACAGAGAUAAGUUGCUACAAGUUUUGGCAUGCCAAAAGUAUGCGGCGUUGUAACGCCGAACUUCGUCACUUUGUUACAUAAUUGUACUUAAUUGUAUAUAUAUUGUAUAUAUAUAUACAUAUUAUUAUAAUAUUAAUAAAUAUAUAAACUUGACAAUA